GUUGAUACAAGAAACACAAUAGAAUAUUUUAAUUAAAAUUAUUUAAAAUGAUGAAAUAAUAAAAUAUUUUAAUGUACUAUUUUUACUAUAAAUCUUUAACAAAAAAGCAAUAUGGAAUUUCCUCAACCGCCUAGUGAUAAUGAAACGAGAAAUAUUAUUGACAAACUGGCGCAAUUUGUUGCUAGGAAUGGGCCGGAGUUUGAAAUUAUGACAAAAUCUAAACAGGAAAAUAAUCCUAAGUUUGCCUUUUUGUAUGGAGGAGAACACUUUAAUUAUUAUCAGUACAAAGUGGCGGCGGAACAAGCAUUGUUAAAACAACAGCAGCCUAUGUUUAUGGGGCCACAGCAACAGCAGCAAAAUCCAAAUGUAAAUCAACCACCAGGAAAUAUUGCAGGACUUCAACAAUGGCUUGCAGCAAAUAUAUCAACAGUACCAGGUGGAAAUGGUUCGGCUGGCCCCAAUGUUGCAAAUGUACCUAUACCUGGAACUAAUCCACCUAGUGCUCCGAUACCAGGAGUAGAACAUCUGGUUGCUCAACAAAACACACUACGAGAACAAAUUAGACAAUCUGAGCAAAAUCUAAAUGCACAACAUGGGGUAUUACUUAGGCAACAGCAAACUCAAAUAUCGACAAUGGCUUCACAAUUGGAAUCGAAUCGAAUAAAAGCAGAUCUCGAGAAAUGUGAUAUUGAAGUAGCUGAUAUUGAUAAAGUGCUGAAGCCUAUUAUAGAUUCUUGUACAAAGGAUAAUAUUUCUUCAGGGAAGAGUUGGAUAUUACAAAAUGCAACGACUAAUGCUCAUGCAGCAGCUAUAUCACAGUAUCUUUUAGAAAAAGUAAUUCAGCCCGAUGCAAAUUUUGCUCAGAAACUGCACAUUAUAUAUUUGGUUAACGAUGUUCUUCAUCACUGUGCCAGAAAAAAUGCUGAAGAACUAAAGAAAUGUUUGGAAAAUGUUGUUGUGCCAAUGUAUUGCAAUGCUCAUACUGAUAUCACAGAAGAGCAGCAAGCAAAAUUAGACAAACUGUUACGUCUGUGGGAAGCAAAAGCAAAUUACUUUGACAGCACAUUAAUUGAAAAAUUGAAAAAACAGAUGUCUCUUCGAGAAUAUCAGGCUGGGCUUUUGCAGCAGCAUGCUGCACAACUUACACCAUACACGCAGCACACCAGGCAGGCCUUCCAAGGUUAUCAGCAGCAGCAUCAGUCAUUCGUCGGCCAUGCAAUGCAACAAAUCCAGAACAUAGACACCCAAAUUGUAGAUCUCCAACGAGAGCAGCAGCAGCGGGAGCAGCAACAGAGAGAGCAGCUAAUGAUGCAAAGAGAAAGAGAGCAACGCGAACAGCAAAUAAUGCGCGACAGAGAACGCGAACAGCUCAUGCAGAGAGAGAGAGACCGAGAUAGGGAACUUAUGCAGAGAGACAGAGACAUGCGAGAUAGGGAUAUGAGAGAUAGAGAUAUGAGGGAUAGAGAUAUGAGAGAUAGAGACAUGAGGGAGCGAGAGAUGUUGCAACGAGAGAGAGAACAGAUGGCCAGGGACAUGGAGAGAGAGCGGGAGUUGAUGAUGAUGGAACAGGAGAGAGAGAUGGAGUACAUGCAGCAGCGGCAGAUGGAUCACAUGUCGAGGGAUCAGGGUGGUAUGAUGCAUAAGGGAAUGAUGAUGCCGAGGGAUCAGAGACCGAAUGCCCAGGGAGGAGGGAUACAACCGCUUAUGCAGUUGAAGGUUGCUAAUCCUAAUGAACUCAAUCCACAAGCGAACAACCUACCACCACCUCCUCUACAACAGCCUCCGCCUUUAAUACCGAACUGUUUCUCUCUCCCGCCUCCGCCACUAAUACAGAACCAGCCUGGAACUCCUCAGCCUGGACCAAACAAGAACGGACCAAUGGUAGCCAGUCCAGCAAUCAUGCCGCCUGGUAUCGGUGGAUUGUUGCCUGAUUUAUCAAAACCACCACCAGGUUUUCCUCUUGUGCCACCGAAUAUCGGUCCAGGUAUGAUGGGACCUAUGGACACAAUGGAGGACUUGACACCUACAAUUCCAUACUUUGAUUUACCUGCAGGACUGAUGGUACCACUGAUAAAGUUGGAAGACAACGAGUUCAAACCAUUGGACCCAGCUGAUAUCAGACUACCACCUCCAGUCCCUCCGAAUGAACGAUUACUGCAAGCUGUUGAAGCCUUCUACAUGCCUUACAGUCAUGAUUGUCCGAGAGA